AGGGCCGGCGGUGACCCGGCUGACAGCUGUGACCGAGCGAAAGAGAAAGUGGCUGCCGCGGCCGGCAGGGAGCGGCCCUCUGGGCUCGGUUUCGAGGUGGCGCCGGCGUCACGGAGCAGCCCGGCGGAGGCCUGAGCUGCGGGUUAAGAACUGUGUGGAAUCAACCCGGAUUCCAGUCAUGGGCGCGUCUACAUCGACUCCGGCGGCAGAGACGGCGAAAGCUCCUGGGCAGCAGACUGUAUCCCCUCCUUCCGAGUGCCCGAUGCAUGACGGGAAAGCCACAGGUUGUCCGGUGACCGUAGGACCGUCUGACUCACAGCAUGAGAAGAAAACCUAUUCCGUGCCUGCUCACCAGGAACGCGCAUACGAGUACGUGGAGUGUCCCGUCACGGGCGCCCGGUUCAAGGCCAAGGACGACCUGGAUCCUUCCAAUCUGAUGCCACCAGCCAACCAAACACCAGCCCCAGAUCAGCCUUUUGCUUUGUCGACUGUCAGGGAGGAGUCGUCCAUUCCGAGAGCAGGUUCCGAGAAAAAGUGGGUUUAUCCCUCGGAACAGAUGUUUUGGAAUGCAAUGUUAAGGAAGGGGUGGAAAUGGAAGGAUGAAGACAUCAGUCAGAGAGACAUGCACAACAUCAUUAAAAUCCACAAUCAGAACAACGAGCAGGCCUGGAAGGAGAUUCUGAAGUGGGAAGUCCUUCAUGCGGCAGAGUGUCCUUGUGGUCCCUCCUUGAUCCGGUUUGGAGGGAAGGCCAGAGAGUAUUCACCAAGGGCAAGGAUUCGUUCCUGGAUGGGGUAUGAGUUGCCUUUCGACCGGCACGAUUGGAUCGUCGACCGCUGUGGGACGGAAGUUCGAUACGUGAUCGACUACUAUGACGGUGGCGAAGUCAACAAGGAUUACCAGUUCACCAUCCUGGACGUCCGGCCCGCCCUGGAUUCAUUCUCAGCCGCGUGGGACAGAAUGAAAGUCGCUUGGUGGCGCUGGACUUCGUAAGCACUGUUCCGUUUGAGACGGAAACUAUUUUUUUUUUUCCUGAGAGGCACAUUAUUUCCAUGAUGUCCCAGGAACUUCAAAACAGUGUUGGUAAUAUUAAAUCCUUUCAUUUAUCCUGAA